GAGCGCAGCCGUUUGGAAUCACUCCACUUUCUCAUCACACACGGUGCAGCCGCGCGACCUGCUCCGUGCUGGACCGGGAGGCGGACAGAGUUUGAGGCGGCAGAGCGGUGACCGCGCGUCGGGGUGGAAACUAACCGGACGACCGCUGCUUGCAACUCCCGGACCUAGCGGACCUAGUGUUUCUUGCUUGGGUGAUUUUUAGCCGUUUUUCCUUUUUCAAAAAAAAAAAAAAAAAAAAAAAUCCUCCCCCGUCCCAGUCCUCCGUCCGCUUACACCACCAUCACCACCUCCACCCCACUGUCUCCCAACGCGUGCCAUCAGCGGAGGAUGCUGUUGCUGCUGUCGGUACAAGCCGCCCGGUGGUAACGUUCGCCCCUUCACGGAGUGAGUGACCCCGGUCCGGACGGGUGUUCCCCCGGCUGGUCUCCAGCCCCAGCCGUUCCCCCGGAGAGAGGAAGGACCUCUGGGUUGACGCGCAGCACUGGUCACGACAGUAAAACUGGACAGAAAUUGUUUGGAGCGGCUCCGCCUGGGUACCGAGGAGGAGCGGCGCCUGUAGCCGGGCUGGAGCGCUCAGAGCUGGGGAACCGCGCGGCUCUCACCCGGUCCAGAGCGGUGCUGUCGGGCGGAGACAUGGCACUGAGGUGGGAGGUUCUGCUUUUCCUGGCGGUCAUCCUGCUGGUCUCCUGCGGCGCCGCGCCCACCGACAUCCUGUAUCGGGUUCCGGAGGAGCAGCCGCCCAACACGUUGAUCGGUAGCCUGGCGGCGGACCAAGGCUUGCCCGACACCGGCCACCUCUACAAGCUGGAGGUGGGCUCACCGUACCUGCGAGUGGACGGAAAGACCGGCGACAUCUACACCACCGAGAUCCCCAUCGACCGCGAGACGCUGAGGGACUGCCGCAACCUGUUUGAGGGCGACAAAUGCUUCCUGGAGUUUGAGGUGUCGAUCACUGACAUGGUGAAAGGCAUCGGCUCGGGACCGCGGCUGAUCGAGGGACGCAUCGAGGUGUUGGACAUCAAUGACAACACGCCGCAGUUCUCCUCGCCCAUCCUCACCCUGUCCAUCCCCGAGAACACGCACAUCGGCGCCCUCUUCUCCAUCCCCAUGGCCACCGACAGAGACUCCGGCACCAACGGCGUGGCCGAGUACUCGCUCAGCACCGGGCCGGACGCCGACCAGCUGUUCAGCCUGCAGGUCGCCGUCGACUCGGACGAGAAGCUGCCUCAGCUGGUCGUCAUGGGCAACCUGGACCGCGAGAAGAAGGACUCGUACGACCUGAACAUCCGGGUGGUGGACGGCGGGAAGCCGGCGAGGGCGAGCAGCGCUCUGCUGCGGGUCACCGUCACCGACCAGAACGACAACGCCCCGAAGUUUGAGAGGAAUCACUACGAGGCCGAGCUGCCGGAGAACAGCCCACAGGGAUACUCUGUGCUGCAGGUCAGAGCCAACGAUGCAGACACUGGCACCAAUGGAGAGAUCGACUACAGCCUCCACCAGGCUUCGGACACUGUCCAGAGGCUUCUGCGCAUUGACCGCUCUACUGGAAUCAUCUACGUUAAGGGCCUGGUGGACCGCGAGGAGGAGAACUUCCUCAAGUUCUUUGUAGUGGCCAAAGAUCGUGGCCCCAACUCCAAGAGCUCCAAGGUGGUGGUCACCAUCAACGUCAAGGACCAGAACGACAACGCGCCAGCCAUCGAGAUCCGUGGUAUUGGCUUGGUGACGCACCAGGACGGCGUGGCCAACAUCUCCGAGGACAUGCCCAUCGGCACGCCAGUGGCGUUGGUCCAGGUGUCGGACCGUGAUGAGGGUGAAAAUGCCGUGGUGACAUGCGUGGUUGCUGGUGACGUCCCAUUUCAGCUCCGACCUGCCAGUGAGUCAGCCAACGAUCGGAAGAGGAAAUACUUCCUGCAGACUACUACCCUGCUGGAUUAUGAGCGUGUUAAGGAUUACAGGAUUGAAAUUGUUGCUGUGGAUUCUGGGAACCCAGCCCUGUCCAGCACCAACUCUCUCAAAGUCCAAGUCACUGACAUGAACGACAACACGCCAAACUUUUCCCCUGCGAUGGUCGAGGUGGACUUUGCAGAGGGCAACCAGCCAGGUGACAAGGUACUGGAUGUCGUGGCAACAGACGCAGACAGCGGCACUAACGCAGAGCUGUCCUAUAGCAUCAUCGAGCUCUCCGCCACCAGGCUCUUUGAAAUUGAUGCCAACACUGGAGAGGUUCGAGUGAAGAACCUACUGGAUCGGGAAGAGAUGGAGCGUUAUGAAUUCCGUGUAGCAGCAGCAGACAAGGGCGUUCCUAGCAAAACCGGCACUGCUACAGUAGUGAUUAACGUUCUGGACCGCAAUGACAAUGACCCCAAGUUUAUGCUGAGCGGCUACAGCUUCUCUGUCAUCGAGAACAUGGCUCCGCUCAAUCCCGUUGGUGUGGUGACUGUCACUGAUAAUGAUAAGGGGGAGAACGCCCGAGUGAGGCUUUUUGUGGAACCAGACAAUGGCAAGUUUGUCAUCCAAAAUGGCACAGGAACCAUCCUGUCCAGCAUCUCCUUUGACCGUGAGAAGGAGAGCACCUACACCUUCCGCCUGAAGGCUGUCGAUGCUGGUGACCCACCUCGGUCCUCCUAUGUGGGUGUGACCAUCAAUGUCCUGGACGAGAAUGAUAAUGCCCCCUAUGUAACCAAACCGGCUAACUCCUCCUACACAUACAUGUCACCUGUCACCCCACCAGAGACCCGUGUGGAGGUGGUAGAGGCUGAGGAUAUUGACUCUGGACCCAAUGCUGAGCUGGUCUACACCAUCACAGGUGGCAACCCAUAUGGCCUCUUCCACAUCUCACCCAGCAGUGGGGAGAUCACACUGGCGCAGGAAUUCACAGGCAAACACAACGGGCUGCACCGCCUGGUUGUGAGGGUCAGUGAUAAAGGCAAACCUCCCCGCCACACCACUGCACUCGUCCAUGUUUUUGUCAAUGACACCAAGUCCAAUGUCUCCCUCAUCGAGGCACUGGUCGGACACAGCCUCUACACCCCUCUGGACAGGGACAUUGCUGGAGAUCCAAACUAUGCCCUUGCUCAGCGCAGCAACAUCCUAUAUGGCAGCCUCGCUGGUAUCGCUGGUGUGAUUCUGGUCAUUGUGGCAGUGAUGGUCAUCAGACACCGGCUGCAGAAGGACACCAAGAGUGGCUACCAGGCUGGCAAGAAGGAGAGUAAGGACUUGUAUGCUCCCAAACAGGGCCCCAAAAACGGCAAAGGGAAAAAGAGCAAAAAAGGAAAAGCUCCUAAACCGGCCAAGCCAUUGGAGGAGGACGAGGAGGCCAGCCUGCAGAAGGGCCUCAAGUUCAACCUCAUCAAUGACAAUGUCAACGACAGUCCCAGAAUCCACUUGCCGCUUAACUACCCACCGGGUAGCCCCGACCUGGGCCGCCACUACCGCUCUAACUCCCCCCUACCCUCUAUCCAGCUGCAGCCACAGUCGCCCUCUGCCUCCAAGAAGCACCAGGCCGUUCAGGACCUCCCCGCCACCAACACCUUUGUGGGAACAGGCGACAACAACUCCACAGGCUCCGACCAAUAUUCGGAUUACAGCUACAAGGCCAACCCUCCCAAAUACAGCAGCAAACAGCUCCCCCACCGCCGAGUGACCUUCUCCACGGCCAAUCAGGCGCAAGACCUGCAGGACGCGUCCCAGCACAGCUACUACGACAGCGGCCUGGAGGAGUCAGAGACGCCCAGCUCCAAGUCGUCGUCGGGGCCGCGGAUCGGGCCGCUGGCGCUGCCGGAGGACCACUACGAGCGGACCACACCCGACGGCAGCAUCGGCGAGAUGGAGCACCCGGAGAACGACCUCAGGCCUCUUCCCGACGUGGCCAUGACCGGUAACUGCACCCAUGAGUGCACCGAGUUCGGCCACUCCGACUCCUGCUGGAUGCCCGGCCAGCCUUCCCCCAACCGCAAGGUGUCCAAGAACGCCCCCAAGCUGUCCACCUUUGUGCCUUACCAGGAGAUGGACGGACAGGAGCAGCUGAUGGCCAACGGCAGCCCCAAGCCCCUGACGAUGGAGGAGCGUGGUGCGGGCAGCGGCGGCGGCGGCAGCAGUUCCAAAGUGGCCAACAUGCGGUUCAUGACGCCCUACAGCAGUGCCUACCCUGGGGGUGGAGACUCGUCCGGUAAAGACUGUGGGCUGGAGGAGAUCCCACUGAGCCAGGCGGUGGAGUACCACUCGGCCACCACGCCGACCGGCCAGACCUCCAAGAGGGAGAUCUACCUGUGA